AAGGGAAAGUCUAGCUCACUACAACCUGUGAGCCUCACGGAUAGCAGCUCCUCGCUCCACAGCUUGUCUUCAUCUUCAUUACUUUCAUCUUCAUCCUCCUCCUCCUCUUCAGGUGCCCUCCCAUGGCUGCCUCCUCCAAGUCGUCCCAGACGGUGAAGAAUUUGGUGAUCACCCUGCUGGUGCUUUGGUCCAUCAUCUCGCUCAUCAUCAUUGUGGUGUGGGCGACGUCUCCGGACUGGAAGGGCUCAGCCCAGUGCCGCGCCGAACUGCAGGGGGUGACGGAGAAGAUGGAGGGGGCCAAAGUGGUGUGGAACAAGAACAAGGUGGCUCUGGAGGAGCUGGUGGAGAAGGAGAGGGAGGUGCAGGCCCAACAGAAAGCUGAGAUCCUGCUGCUGCUGGGACACCUUAACGCCACCAACGCCUCGCUGGAGGAGUGCCGGCAGGAAAACGUCGUCCUGACCAUGAACAUCAGCGUCCUGCAGGAGACCAUCGAGCAGCUCCGUCUGACGGAGGCAAACCUCACGGCUGAGCUCAGCCUGCAGGAAGCUCACAUGGACAUCCUGCAGCUGAACCUGACCCAGGCCCUCCUCCAGACCAACUCCUGCUUCAGUAUAAGGGAUGCUGUUCACAGUCAGAUGCUGGCAGCUCAGAUUGAGACCAAAGCCUGCGAGGCCAACCAGCAGCACCUGCAGAAGCAGCUUCAGAAGUGUAAAGCCAAGCCUGAAGCUGCUCAGCAGACGCCGCAGCAGGACCGCCCCCCCAUCUCCAAUAACAACAAGAACUCCGCCCCCUCGACCCUCGCUGCUGUUCCCGUGCUGUUGCUGCUCGUCUGCAGCUCUCUGCAUCUGAUAACCUGAGUUCAGGUGGCGUGUAGUCAUUUCAGGGGUGAGCACUGUGGUCCAGGACAGGGGCGGAGCCUGGACGGACUUCAUGACUGCUGUACAAACUUCCUGUCUACGCAACAAACAAACAGAUCGCUGUGGAGACGCUGACAUCAUCAUGCUGUCGUAUGAUUGGACACAAACUUUGCUUUGAGUGGAACAGCUGAUUUCUACUCUCUCUGGUUUCUACUCUCUGUCACUGGUUUCUACUCUCUGGAUUUUACUCUGUCUCUGGUUUCUGUCUCUGGUUUCCUGUGUCUGUGUGUGGAUGGAGGAUUUUAAAGGAACCUGGUUCUCAGCUGUACCAGCAGUCCUCUGGACUCUGUGGAGAGAAACAAGCAGCUGACAGUCAGUUUUCCUCAUCAGUUAAUGAUCAAACAACGUGAAUAUGGGCAGAUACUGAUCGAUCAUCGAUGACUGACCAUCCCCAGCUUCACUCUUUAUCCUCACAGCUGUAAAGUCAGGCCUGAUCUGAAGCUCUGAUCCAGAUCAGGUUUUAUCAGUCGGGUGUAACCCUGGUCAGAGUGCGAGUCAGUCACUUUCUUCUCUUGUAGUUUUUCUGUGUCUUUGUGACUUUUGUGCUUUUGUGACGUUUAACAAACGACAGACUCACAGCUUGAAGCUUCAUCACUGCAGAAUGACGACAACUCCACUUUUAGAAGCUUUUUGAAUUUUAUCUGAUGCUGGUUUGGGAUUGAUUUUUUUUUUUGGUGGGGUGGGGAGAGUGUGUGUCGGGGUGGGGGGAGGUCAGAGGACGGGUGAAUAUGUUAAUGAUAAAUAAACCUGAGGAGUUUGUAAGACAGUGUUUUCUUUGUUCCAGAUUUUGAGCCUGAUCUACUAAAAGGUCAAAGUUCAGAGUUAAACUUCAGCAGCUUCUUAACAUAAACACAUUUAUUCAAACACUGAGGUGAUUCAGCUCCACUCUGACGCACGAGGACUUUUAUUCUGACACUUU